AUGUUCCUAAAUCUUCAAGCGAGAGAGAAAUUUUUCGAUCUUCAUUUAACUACGGGGUUGCACGACUGGGACAUGAGCGAGGAUAUUAAACUGACGACAACGACCGAUCAGUUCUACCAAGACGAAAAGCAAAAUGACCAAUAUUUGGCGCAGUGGCGUUACUCAAGGAUCUCGAGGAGAACGCUACCAGGAGCGGACUCAACGCACCGAGGCUCUGCUGAUUGUGAAGAAUCUAUAAUCCACCCAAAUCUGUGGCUGAUGGUAAACCCCAAUAAAGCUUGCCCUAUAACAUACCCUAAUAAUGCAAAUAAGCCAUCACUCCCCCAAAUGCCAGUAGACCCACCUGCCACAAGUUCUUACCUGCCAGCACCUGUACAAAACAUGCACCAUUUUCCCUCAUCUGGUGAAGCCUGGCUAGAUGGGUCAGUGCAUGAUGCAUCUCUCUCCAGUGAAUACCAGCCCACUGAGGACGAUGCAUCCUCGGUGGACGUGCCCAUCUGCCGCAAGGUGAAGGGUGCGCGAAAGAGCCAUGCUCCUGCAGGCUCAUCCCCACGCAGGCGGGGCCUAGCCCAGAGCAGGAGGCUGCAGAGGGCACUGCAGGACUGCCGCAACCUGAAGAGCGGGGCAUGGCCUCGGCCGCCCGUCAACUACUGCAUCCUCAUUGCCAUGGCACUGAGCAGUAGCCGCACAGGCAGCCUGAAUGUGCAGCAGAUCUACAACUUCACCAGAGAGCACUUCCCUUUCUUUCUCACGGCUCCCGAUGGCUGGAAAAACACCAUCCGCCAUAACCUGUGCUUCAGCAACAGCUUCAAGAAGACUCCACAGCAAGUGACCGGGGAGGGCAGGAGAAAGUCCUGUCUAUGGCACCUGACCCUGGACGGCCGGCGAAGACUGAGGAACGAAAUCCAUACGCUCACCGCUGACUCUUUAAGAAUGCUGAAGAGGAGCAUGAACUUCCCAGAUAUGAUUCAAGCACUGUUCAAGUUGUAAUCAGAGGUGCUUGGCAAGAAUUUAAAAUGAAGACCCAUUUUGAAAUGAAAAGCCUACUCUAGCAUGA